GUGGGGGGACCCCCGGGCGAGGGCUGAGGGGGGGUAAUCGUUACUGGUAUUGCCGCUGUGCGGAGCUGAUGGCCGAAGAGAAGAGGCUGCGGCUGAAGCGGAGGAGAAUGGCUGCCCCCGAGCCCCCCGUCCCCACCCGCACCCCCCAGACAGCUCGACCCGGAGCUCGGGCCCCACAGUUCCCUCCGAGGGCCAGUUCCACGUGGUUGGGCCACACUGACGUGAAUCAAACUGACAGAGUGUGGGCCCUGUUGAUGAAAACUGUGUCGUCAGACACGAAACUGACAGCUUGGCAGACAGUGCCAGACCUGCCACAAAGCACUGCGAAGGCCCCCGCGAUGAGCGAGUAUGUUGGGACUGAGACCUUCUCCGCAGGCUCAAGACUAUUCACGUGGCUGCCGUUUCCACCCUCCUGCGAUGCAAUGACCGUGAGACUGGACCGCAAACCGCGACGAAAAACGGCGGGAGGCAGCGGAGACGCUGGCACCAGGCAGGGUUGGCCGCCCCCGGCCCAGCCCCCAGCAAUCCAGAGACAGACACCUGUGCCGGAGCGGGAGGGAGAGGAGGCCGUUUCCACUCAGGCAGCAGCCGGGCUGGGCGUUGCACAGGAAAGCCAUGGCAGAUGGGCAAAGUGCUACACAGGGAAUGUGAGAUCUGAAGAUGUCUUUGGAGCAGAGCCAAGACAACAUGCAGCAAAGUACAAGAAACGUUCCCCAGCGAAGGAGAGACAUGGGCGAGGACAUAUGUCAUCUGAUGUUGUUGACGGUCCCAACCCACCCCCACAGAGAAACACAGGGAGGCCAGGCUCGGACCCCGAGGUACAAAGUGACCUGCCAACGGGGCACAGAGAGGCGAAGAGGCAGCAAGUGUCACCAAGGAGAACACUGCGCGCAGCGGAGGACGAGGACGACAGUGAUAUCAUUAUAGUAGAAAGCCAGGACUCUCCGUUUACAGAAAAUGGGCAACACGGCACCGGCCAGACUGCAGCAGGAGAUUCAGUCACCAAAGUGUGGAGCGACGGGCCAAAAGGAAGCCUGACUCUCAGAAGCUGCCCAAUGUGUCUGGCACACUUUCCUGCCGGUUGCUCCCAGCUGGAGGUUGAUUGCCACCUGGCCAAAUGUCUCUCCGAAAGCACAGAGGAUGUGAUGUGGUAACGCUGUAAGGAAUAAAACUACUGCUACACAGAAUUGGGCAAAACGUUGGUAUUCUGUGCAUCGUAUUUGCUGUUGACUGUAAAUACCCAUUAUAAAUUGUAAUGUGAUCAAGCCCUUCCCCACCCCCGUCUUCCAUGGUUGCAAUUUAUUUAUCCUUUUCAAGGAAAUGGCUUUAAAAGGAUUUCUGCCUCAGUCGAAUUACUGAUGCAAACAAACUUGAUCUCUUUUUUUGGCAAUCCCUUUCGUAGAACUGUGUUGCCUGGUGCGAUUGUUGACACAAGCUGUAGGAAGAGAUGUUUGCAAUGACCCCCUCUCCUUUUGCACUGAACACUGAGAAAGCACAUCAGACUGAAUAUGAUGGAAUUAGCUUUGUUACGCUUCCAGUAGAUUCUUUAAUUCAGAUGGGCUAGGAUGAAGCUUGGAUCUGACCACCGGUUAUAGAUUAGUUCCACCAUUUCCUGCACAAUAAAGAUCAAUCGUCAAACGGCA